AUGAUGCUACAAACGCCAACCCUCCAAUUCCUUGCGGACAAAGCAUUGGAGGAGAUCCUCGAGCGUGCAGCGCCGAUCCUGGGCGAGUUUUACAUCGCUUUUAUUCCGUCAAGGCUCAAUUUUGUGACAGGUCGAGCGAGCAGCGUCCCUCCGCCCAAGACAGCGCAUUGGAUGGCAAACGUGCCAGAUGAGACGCGGCUGGUGGACAUGAACCUGCCCGGCACACAUGACUGUGCCACAUGGAACUACUCGGCGGAACGGCAGGCAGAGCUGGAGAAGUACACGGGACCUCUGCGGUCUCACGUCUUUUUCCGCUGUCAGGACCGCUCGCUGCUGGACUCGCUUGACGACGGCAUAAGGGCAUUCGAUAUGCGGUUGGGGUACAAUCCAGGGGAGGACACAAUAGGUUUCUACCAUGGCCGGGCACUCCUUUCCCCUACCACCUCGUUCGACGAUGUCCUCUUCGGUCUAUACCAUUGGCUGGUCUAUCAUCCCACAGAAACUAUCCUCGUCUCAAUACAGCAGGAAGAGGGCUCGCUAACGACAUACGACGAGAAGUUCGAGGCUAUGCUUCAUGCCUCACUCACAACACCCGUUGCGCAGCAGUUCUGGCUCCAGACAAAGGGCCGGUUGGGUACGCUUGGUGAAGCGCGGGGAAAGCUGGUGCUGCUCCAGCGGUUUACCUACGAGUUUUUACCCGCGCUAGGCGAAACGCACGAGUAUGGAAUCCAUCUCGGGGCCGCAAAAUGGACGCCAAACGGGGCCGAUAUCAAGCUGGUGUAUAGUGCGGAACCACGCAGGGUCGCGUACAUCCAAGACAACUUUAUGCCCCUCGUCCCGCAUAAUUCUGGUCCAGACGCCAACAUCUCCGCCAAAUUUGCGGUUGUCACCACCCACUUGGACAAGGCCAUCUCCACCAGUUCAAAUGCAACGGAAGCACUCUACGUUUCCUUCGCCAGUGCACAUGCGAACCGAGACACGGUUCCUGUUACUCCCAACAUAAUCGCCCUUGGGGACGGUGCGGGAACGCCCGGUAUGAACGAGCGACUGUUGCCAUGGUUGACCGAAAGAAAGGGGAAACGAUUUGGUAUCGUCUUGCUUGACUUUUACCACUCGCAGCCUGCUCUUGUACAGACGAUUAUCGGAUUGUCUAUGUAA